UUAAAAUAAAUUUUUUCGGACUCAGCUCGAUGAGAGCUUUCGAUUGGUAUAUAAUUUGUAAAUUGUCGAUCAAUUUCGUCGGACGAGGUAGGACAAUUCACCGACAAUCGGUGAAUUUUUGCCAACCUCCACAGGUCGGACAGUUGUUCCCAGGCCUCCAAUUUUUUUUCAGCGUUAUAGACCCUAUCCCAACUUAGGGCCCUCACCCCAAUCACUUUUUGAUCCGACUUCACCUCUC